AGAGAGACAAAAUUAAACAGUACAGUGGAAAAUAGUAUAAACAAAAGACUAUUCGUAAGUCAGCGAGAGAGGAAAGAUGGAGAUGUCUUGUAUUUUAUGGUUGACGAAGAACAAGAAGCACAUAAUCCUUUUCUGAAUAUAAACACAAAGAUGGGAUCUACUCUUCGCCCAGACUGGUCAGAGUUGACUCCUGAAUGUCUCCUUGCCAUUUUCUCACGGUUGAGCAUGGGGCAACGAUGGAACGGGCCGAUGCUUGUCUGCAAGACGUGGAUGAAAUUAUGCCAAGACCCGUCCCUCAACACUGUCUUGGAUCUCGAAGCUGAGUUUCUGUCUUCUCCUGAUUCCAUCUACUGGUGGAGUCCCAAGUUCGAGGAAAAAGUAGACUCAACCAUCCGAUCUGCUGUGGAUCGGAGCCAUGGCGGUCUCAAGGAGAUUAAAGUCAGGCAUUGCACGAAUCAAUCUCUCUCAUACGUCGCCGAGAGGUGCCCAAACCUUGAGGUACUUUCGGUUAAGUAUAGCCCAAAGGUCACAGUUGAGUCCAUGAGGAAUAUAGCCUUAAACUGUCCUAAGCUUAUAGAACUUGAUAUAAGCUGCUCUUAUGAAAUAUCUUGCGAGUGCAUGGAACUGGUGGGUGCGAACUGCAAGAAUCUUCAGAUUCUAAAACGGAAUUUGAUGCAUCCUUUCGAGAUCGAGAGGGCAAGGCAUUCCAUCUAUGCGUGUGAUCUAUUUUUCGAAACAUUAGGGAACGUUGAUGCUUAUGUUAUUGGGAGACACAUGUCCCAGCUGAAGCACCUAGAACUUCGUCACUCCACAUUGACUGAUAUAGGUCUUGCCCAUCUUUGUAAAGAAUGUUCGAGUCUCGAGUAUUUGGACUUGCUCGGAUGUAGGGACUUGACUACCGAAGGUCUUACUAACCAUACCUCAAGUUUGAAGAAUCUGAAGGCGAUCAAGAAACCAAAUUUUGCAGCCACCCUAUUUUACUAACUGAAUGCAUAUUGUUUUGUGUUGGUCAAGAUACCUUUUUGUUAUUUCCUUGGUCGAGUUCAAAGUUAAGCUUUCAUGUAUUUUCUUAAUUAUCAUAUAUAUAUACUUUCUUCUCAUGAAAAAAAGUUUCAUGGUU